GCUCGCGCCCCGCCGCUGAUGCUGGACGCCCUGGCGUCGCCCUGGUGGGGGCGGCCCUGGGCGCUGUCGUAGACGGCGGCCGGCCACUGCACGAGGAGAACCUGCCCGCCAUGACCGCCGCCAGAUAUGUGUUCAGCUCGCUGGUCGCGGUCGUCUGCCUCGCCGGCCUGUUUCGCGCGGCAGCGGCCGGCACCACCCCUGCCGGCGCCACCGCCGCGGCCGGGCCCGCCACCACCCCGGCUCCCAGCACAGUCAUGAAGAACCUCAAGAAGGUGCUAGCGGCGGUGGACCCCAACGGAGUCGCAGACAGCGUGAGCAGGUUCGUCUACUGCGCCUCGCACCACUACAAGGCCCUGGAGAGCGGGGUGGCACCGCACGCGGCCGAGUGGGCCACCUGCAACAAGCAGCCCUCGAACCUGCAGGGAAACGUCGCCUGUUUCAUCAAGAAUCCAAACAGCCUACUAAACUUCGUUUUGCUGGGGCAACAAAUUGGCGACAUGGUGGGCUGCCUGUUGAUGACCAGUGAGAAGAACGUUCUGUGCGUCAAGAAGGUCCAGAAGACCGAUGAUUGCGCCAGCAUGUGCCCCGAGGCGCGCUCCGCCUGGUCCAACAGCACCUUCGCCAUCGUGUCCCCUGCCCUCCCGCCGACCGUGCGCAAGGACGAUUGCAAGCUCACGGGCAAGGGGCUGACCACUCCGGGCAGCAGCAUCCUGCCGACCGCCCUGGACAUCACAUUCAAGCUCAUGCAGUGCAUGCCCACCCACUUCGGCGAUAUGUACCAGAGCCUCAUGGAGCAGGUCAAAAUCAUCAACCAGUGCACGCAGGGCCACGACAACUGGACGUCCUGGAGCAAGUGCGUGCUGGAGGCCCAGGACGGCAACGUCCUGGCGAGCUACCUGGUCAAGCUGAGGCUCACGGCGGUCUGCGUCCUGGGGGGCGACAUGCCAGCCCAGACCCUGUGCGUCCGCGCCGUGCCGACCACCGCCGAGUGCCGGGCCUGCGGCGGCAUGGACACGACGACCCUGGAGCCCGCCAUCGUCCUGGGGCCCACGGCUCAGUGCGCCCCGUAGGGCGCCCCGUAGGCGCGCAGGCUGGGCGGCGCGCGGGCGCGACUGGCUGCCUCCCCCACAGGGGCUCGCCGCGGCCGCGGGCCCGUUAACAACAAGGGCAGUCAUAGAUAAUCGCGAAGACGACUGGAUCGUCCACCACCAGCCCAACAAUCGAAACGAGAUGAAAAUGGUCCGAAUUCCA